ACGACUUUCCUGUGAUCUGUUUAAUUGCCAAGAUGUUUUGGACGUACAACACCACCUCUCCUCAGAUUGACAUCAUUUUAUGUAAAGAGGAGCUUACUCUGUAUGAAUUACUAGAUCAAGAAAACAUUCUGCAGGAAUUGAAAACACAGAAUUUAAAGCUGAUCGAAUUUAUAUCGAAGCCCGAAAUCCUCGGUGAAUUGGUAGACUUGAUUACUUUGGAACCAUCGAAAGAGCUCGAUGAAGCGGAGCAAUAUAAGUAUCCAAAUUUAGCUUGCGAACUACUUACAUCAGAUUUACCAGCUUUGAACGAGCGAUUGGUUUCCGAAGAAAUUUUGAAUAAACUGUACAAGUUUCUUCAAAAUGAUCCUCCGCUCAAUCCGUUACUUUCAUCGUAUUUCAGCCGUACUCUUUCUAUACUUAUUAGCCGGAAAAGUGAACAGAAUUGGUAUUCAUAUCAGUAUACGUGUCUUCAAGCUCUAGAAUUUUUAAAAGCCAAAGAAGAAUUUAUUGAGUUAUUACUAAAGCAUAUGGGCACUUCGUCAAUAAUGGAUCUCAUGCACAACCUCGUUACAUUAGUUGAAGGCCCUAAACUAAAAGAGUGGCUGCGAAGUUGGUUGCAAACGCAAAAUGUGAUUCCCAGUAUAAUAAGUUUAUUAAAUCCGCAAUCCGAUGUUGACUGUCAAGUUAAUGCGGCUGCUGUGCUGUGCAGUAUAAUUCAAAAAUUACGAGAAAAUAUGAACGAUUUGAAUGAAGAUCCCGAAUCCGAUCCCAUAUUGAAUUUACUCGAAUCCUCGCAGACAAUCGAAUUAUUACUGAGUACCGUAUUCAACUGCGAGACACUGUGUGAGACCACAAUCGAAGGUGGGAUCGACGUGUUAUUAGCUAUUAUGCAGCCUUAUCUACCUGGUGAUGCUCGCUGCCGGUACAUGUUGAACUUUACUGUGCACGAUAAAAUCGAGAACAUAAUACCUCAAAAUCAUGCACCUGAACCGGGAGACGUGUUGAAUGAUAUUGUUAAAGCGAUAUUACCUUUCAUUAAAAAGCUACGUGAUAUACUACGCAAUCCGAUAAAAACAACUUCAAUUACACUGACUAGCGGAGUGAUUUCGCCUCCUUUCGGAAAAGCUAGAUUGCUCGUGACCAAACUUAUAGCCGUGUUGAUCUCAUUGAACAACAGUGAGAUAAAUAAAGAAAUAAUUCACUGUGAUAUUCCCGAGCUUCUUUUGGAUUUAUUUUACGCCUUUUCUUCGAAUAACUUUUUACAUGCCGAAGUAGAAAAACUAGUUGCUUAUGCGAUCGAUGGAAUGAGCAAUUAUACGGUAACCGAAUGUAACGAUGAUCUGUUUCUUACUCAUAUGUUGAAGAAAUGUAGACUUAUCCAGAGAAUGUUGCACAUAUGGGACGAAAAUGAGAAAUCAGAGAAAGAAGGCAAUUACCGAAAAGGAUACAUGGGCUUCGUUAUUAGAAUCGCUACGCUUAUAAAUGCUGAAGAUGAAAGAAAUCCUGCAUUUCAUGAUCUUCUAAGUAAAGAGAUUUCAAGCACCUGUCUAAACGAAUGGAAUGAAUUCGUUACCAAUACUUUGAAAGUUAUAAUUGAAAAACACACCACUUGUUUGGGAGGAGUGAGGCCAAAAUUAGGUCAAAGUAGUGAAAACAGUUUCGAAGAAAAUAUCCCUGGAAAGGAAUUGAAGUCUUCAUAUAAGGAAUAUGAUGCGGAAGAUGAUCAAAAUAUUAUGUUUUCCGAUGAUCCGUCAAUUAUUGCUUAUGGAGAAGAAGGAUAUAAUCCGGAUAGUCCAAAUAACGAAGAUCAAAUGCAAUCUCAAACGGAUCUGUUCAACUCUAUAUGCGCCCAGAAGUGGUUAUCCGUUAAUAAAGGAUUGAAUAGUUUGAACGAUAAUGACGAUGAAGAAGGAAUGAGAGUUUUCUCGUGGGAUGAUGGAACCAAUACGGAUACUUGCUUAUGGGGAGACAGCGACGAUGAAAAUUAUGACGAAGAUACGCUCAACAGCACUGAUCCAUGGUCGAAAUUGGGAGGUGCGUCAAACCCUUGGGCCAACAGUGGCGGCUCCGGAUCGGCUGAAGACAAGAACUGGGCCAACUUCGAAGAAAGUUUUUGCGAUUCUCAAAACAACGACUGCAGCGAUAACAUGGAAUCGUGUUCUACUCUGGCUACGAGCGUCGAACAGUACAGCUUAUUCGGUAACACGCGUCCUAAUCAGUCGGUCAGCAUUUUGAGUAAUUUCUCCAACGUGAAAAUCUCUCCUCCGCAAUCAAACUGUUGUCAAUUCGGAGAAAGCCAACUCGAGCUAAACGGCGAUUGGAGUUCGUUAUCGGAUAGUCCGGGCCAGUCGAACGUCGAACACGAAGGAAAUAACGAUUUACAACGAGUAUUCGAGAAACACGACAGUUUCGAACGUUACGAUAUCGGAAGCAGCGGCGCGAAUUGCGAACGCCAUGAUAAAAAUGACGAAAACGAUCGAAACGACGAUAUCGUCAAUUUGGAAUUAAUUUCCGGUCAAACUCUGGCCGAGAAACUGGCCAAUGCAGAGAACGAUAUUCGUUACGAAGACGAAUUCUUGAUGCGUGGUAUCAAAGAGCAAGCGCUGCGUAUGAUGAACAACGUGAACGUCGUUGAAACCAGUCGCAGCGAACCUAUCCAGCUGGCUAAUCCUAUCUGUAACGUGGAAACAUGCGAAAACAGCGUUAAAGAAUCCGACGAUCACGAAGGUAUAUCCGCCGAACAAACUUGUCUAUCGGUAAAAACCACCAGACCGAGUGAAGGUAACGACUGUUUGACGGAAAACAGCGUGGACUUUGUCACCGCUGAAAACAGCAUCAGUGAUGCUGAAAGCAGCACGGAAUUCGGCGAUGCUGAGAACAGUUUGGAAUUAGAAGAUGAUCUGGCUGAAAAAUCCGAAUUGGAUAACGAUAUACCUGGCGUUCAACUCAUCGCCGAGGAUCAAACAUCCGAUGAAAACCUCAGCUGCUGUAAUUCUACGCCUAAUGUUCCUAAUGUUGAUGAAACAACGUGCAAUAAUAUCGACAGUCUUAGUGAUACGAAACCUGAAAGUGAUAAUGUAACGGAAUCUACCGAAACCGAUCAAUCCGAAAGUAAAAUUUGUAAUUGUGAUUCGCCAACGUCUUUGAUUAACGGAGAUCUGACGGAGAGUGAAAAACUCGCUGCUGGUUGUGAUAAAUCAUCGAAGAAUACGCGAGAAAAUCGAGGAUUAAAUAAAGAACAAAUUGAAAACAUGAAUCGCGCUAUAAUCGACGAACUAGCCUGACAAAUGUGUUGCAUCAGUUAGUGAUGCAGAGUUGGCGCAAUAGAUCCAAUGAUCGAGUCAUUGAAUCGCACGAAGGCUAAAAAUUUACGCUACUCUGGCCGUCUGUUAUGACAAUAUAAAAACUAUACAAGGUAUUUUCCAAGUAAAAUAUUAUUUUCUUCGUAUGUAUUAAAGAAGAAGAAGAAGAAGAAGAAUAAAGGUAUAAAUAUAAUCACUAUAGGCUGUCGAUAAAUCCAAAUAUUUUUAAAUUUUUGAUGAUGAUUACGGUGAAGAGUUAUGUUGCAAGAAAACUGUUUUGUUAAUAGUACAAUUAUCUAUUAUCGUUUUCCUUAAAUUAUUUUUUAUUAUCGUAGUUCAACUUGUUGAUUAAUUUUAUCAGAUAGUUUGAAUUUAAUCGAGAGAAAAAAAAAGAAAAAUGUUACUGGAAAUAACGAAGUGCCCUUACCUUUGUUUUUUUGUGUACCUGUUUUAUUUUUUAAAUGAGAUAACAUUUUAUUGUAGUAAAAAAUUUACAUAUUAUGUAGAAUUUUAGGUUAAAAAAUAAUGGUAUUAGGUUGAACAUGGUUGUAUAAUUUUUUGACUUCUCUCAAUUCGCGUUUGAUUAGAUAGGAUUUUUACUCACUCUCAGGUGUGAAUAGAGCAACGUAUACUCACCGAUUUACAUUAUCGUCUGUAAUUUUCUUUCCGGGCCUAAAUAUUUGUAAUGUUACCAUAGUACAUAAGCGCAUUAUAUACUUUCAGUAUUGAGGCGAUGAUGAUGAAUGUAGCCAAUUUAAGUAUAAAGUCCAGAAUCUGUGUUUUUUUGUUUAUUUCGAUUAUUGUAUAAUUUUUUUUUUAUUUGUUUUAUUUCAACAACUAUAUAGUAUUAUGCUCAAUUAUAUAGCACGCUUCGAAUAAACCUUCAUUUAUUUAUGUUUUCCUAGUUUUAAUUAGAUGUACUUUUGAGAAUUUUUAUUUGCACGCGAGAACGCGUUAUGGUUUUAGUAACUUAUUCGCGAUUUGUUUUUAUUCGAUGUUUGUAUGAUAGCUUUUUUUUAAAUAUUAAAUAAUGAAAAAUAAAAAAACAAACAAAAAAGGAGCACGUACUAGUGCACAUAUUUAAUGUAAAAUAUUACAAAUACAUACAACGUACGUAUAUGAAUUUUUCAAAAAAAAAAAUUAACUUUGUAACGGCUUACUCGAUUGUGUGAAAAUGUUAAUCGAAUGCGUGCUUAUCUGGUGAAAUUUUUAAAUUGUUGCCGAAUGAUUUGUUUUUCAUUAGCGUGUGCUUAAUUUUUUGGGUGAUUUUUUUUGUUUCGUUUUUUCUCGUUUUUAUGUGUGUAUUUCUUUUUCUUUUUGGUUGGAACGUUCCUCAUUUAUUGUGUUCUUAUACGUAUUUGGUGGAUAAUCAGUGUUCUAAACGUUUGUUUUUCUAUGUAUAAGUUUUAAUGUUCGAUGGAAACAAUGCAAUUACCUAGUAUUUAAACUAAACAAAAAUAAGUACGACUAUCGACGAUUUGCACCGCUUAGUUGUAAUUUCAUAUGAUAGGAAGACGAAAAAAAAGUGUGAAUUUUUGUUGCGUGUGUUAUGUUGAAAAAUAUUGUGAUACAUUAAAUCUCGAUUUGAUUAAAGGAAAGAUUUUCAAGUAUUCAAUUCAUAUUAUCAAAUGAGUUUCAAUUUUUUGUUUUGCUUCCCUUUGAAUUGAAUACUAACGAAUGUCUAGCUGUGAUAUUAAAAAUUUUCACCGUUGUUGCAGUUAGGGUUUGGUGUGAUGCGGGGUUUCAGGCGACGGGUGAGGUGUUUUUGAAUUUAAUGGGUAUUCAUUAUCACACGUGUCUAUCGAAUAGCACGAUGAAAACGCAUCAGAAACUCGGGGUUGAUUGUAAUCGAAAUACUUCGCCUUAUAUAUGUAAUAUGUAUAUCUAAAUGUUAAACGACUGGUUGAAAUUCUGUGCUAAUUACUCUCGUGCAUUUCUUCAUGUGGUUUUUAAUUUACUUACGUAUCUUUCAUACUUUAUUUUUAUGUAUUUUAUUAUUUAAAUUUUUGAAAAAAAAACUACUGAGAGAAAAUGGUUGCGAAUAUACAUAUAGGAACAGUUAUACAAUAUUAUGUAUUUACGAAAUGUGAUAUGUUAAUUAAAUUUUUGUUGAAUUAGAUACCGUUCUUUGUCAUAUCUUAAGAAAAUUUAAAUGGUUAUUUUAAGUAUCUGAUUGUACAUUCAUAUAUCCGAAAUUUCUUCCAUUUGAAAUUUUAUAUACGUGUAUCGAGUUACAUGCGCUUAUGCAACAAACGUGUACAUAUUGUUAUACUGUAUAUAUUUUAAAAGUAUUAAAUGGGUUACCGAGUCAUCAUAUUUAUUGGAUUUCUUAAUUAUGCAAUAAAUGUAUAAUUUUAA